AUGGAUUAAUUCAAAAAUUAUAUCUACAACAUUCUUCUUGAACCCUCCAUUAAAUCAGAAUUGGAAUAUUUUGUUUAAGAAUUUGAUAAAAAUCCAACAGCCUAUGAUUGUAAUUCAAUAUAGUUAUUAUUAAUUAGUUUUGGUGGACAAUCCUUAGAGUGUAUAAGAAAACUAUAAAGAAGGAUAUAUUGGUUUAAGUUAAAGAUAUGCUAAAGCAUAAUAGAUGCUCAAAAAAAAGUUUCCAGGAAAUACUCAUCUCAUUCAAUUUUAACAUUAAUUAUAUGAAUUAGGUAAUAUUUCUAAUAUUAAAAAUGUAGGAACCUUUUAUUUACAUUGGUAAGCUUUUUUACCAACUAUUCAAAUGUUGGGAACUCCAGAACAAGUCUAAUAUUGGUAAGAUCUUUCAUUCAAUUAUUAAAUUCGUGGAGCUUAUUCUUAGACUGAAGCAGGACAUGGUUCAGAUGUUUAAGGUUUAUAAACAACUGCUGUUUUUGAAAAUAAUUCCUUUAUAAUAAAUACUCCAAGUGCAUCUGCAUAUAAAUUUUGGCCAGGACAACUUGGUAUCUUCGCAACUCAUACUGUUUUAUAAGCAAGAACAACUGUUAAUGGCAAAGAUAUUGGAAUUUAAACAUUUGUUAUUCCUAUUAGAGAACCUAAAACUCUUAAGGCUUUAGAGGGUGUUGAUGUUGGAGAUAUUGGACCUAAAUUGGGUUUUUUAAGAGCUGAUAAUGGAUAUUUAGGAUUAAAGAAUGUUCGUAUUGAUAGAAAUAAUAUGUUAAUGAGAUAUACAAAAGUUGAUGAAAAUGGACAAGUGACUACAUCAUCAAAAAAUGCUAUUAAAUAUGGAUAUGGCAGUAUGCUUAAUUUAAGAGUUAGUUUAGUAAAUGUAUUUUCUAUUUUUGGAUUGUUUACAAAUAAUUUAGCUUAUUAUUAAGUUAAACCUUUAUUAAAAACUUAAUCAAUAGAAAAUGAAGCCAUAAUGUUUAGAUUAUUAAGAAGUUAUGUUGUUUAAUAUGCAUAAAUUAUAGCAAAUGCUUAAGUAAAAGAAAUAUUCAUGAGAUUUUAACAAUAACUCAAAGCAAAUGAUAAAUAAGCUAAUGAAACUUUAUAAUUAGUUCAUUUAUAUUCUAGUCAAAUGAAGAGUAUUUCAGGAUGGGAAGCUGUCAAAACUUCAAGAGAGGCAAUACAGAUUGCUCCAUUUGGACAUCUUAAUGCAUCUGAUUUAACAAUAAUAUAUGCUGAUAAUGUUCCAUUUGUAACUUAUGAAGGAGAUAAUAAUGUAUUAAUGUAAUAAACAGCUUAAUAUUUAUUAAAAUAAUUUGGUAAAGUGAGUGGAGGAAAUGCAUAAUUUACAGGAAUGGCUUCUUAUUUUAAUAAAUAUACUUAAGAAAAUAAUUAGAAAUCAUAAUUAUAAAAUUAAGAAGAAAUUUUAGAAAGAUUAAGUUAUUCAUAUUGUAAAAAGACUAUGGAAAACUUCUAAAAUAGUUUGAUUAAUGGUCAUUCAUUAUAAUCUUCAUGGAAUGAAUUAAAUUAAUGUGAAUUAAUAAAAGCUUCUAUUAUUUUUGGAUAUACUAAUAUUUAUAAAUAGAUGGGAGCAUAAAUAAAAAGUAGUGGUUAUAAUUUAGAAUUAUUAAAAAUUCAUAAAUUAUUUGGAUUGUUUAUAAUAUUAGAAAAUAGAACAACUAUAGUAUCUUUUGGUAUUGCUGAUUUCAAAUAAGUUGAAAUAUUGGCUGAGAUUGAUUAAUAAUUUAGUAAUAAUAAUAAAUUAGGUAUAUAUUAAUGAAUAAAUUAAAUAGAAUUUUUGGAAUAUUUAUCAAAUGGAGUUGGCAUGUAUAGACAAAGAAACUUUAUCAAUAUUGAUUGGGACAAAUUAAAUUUAUAAGCUAAAUUAUGA